UACCAUGUCUUGAUGAUUUGUGUGGUGCCAUUUGUGUGUGCGGACUCGUUAAAAAAUAAAAAAAGAGUAAAAAAAAAUAUUGUGCUAUAGCGGCUGGGAAAUAUCUGUUUUUUUUUAUUAAUAAAUAAUAAGAAUCAUCUAAAAAACUUGACGUUUUUUUAUUGUACUAAUAAAUAUCCAAUAUGUCAACUGGACCACAGCAUAAAUAUCGUUACAAAAAUCUUGGUCUUGAUUCCCAAGAAUUACGACGUAGACGUGAAGAAGAAGGUGUACAACUACGUAAACAAAAACGUGAACAACAAUUGUCAAAACGUCGUAAUGUACCAAUAUUAACUAGUGGUGAUGAUGAUACUGUUACAAGCAGUGAUGAUUAUCCAACAUCAACAAAUUCUCACCCAGUAAUAACUGCAGAUAUGGUACAAUCACUUUACAGUGAUAAUGUUGAAGAACAAGUAGCAGCAACUCAAAAAUUUCGUAAAUUAUUAUCAAAAGAACCAAAUCCACCAAUUGAUGAAGUUAUACAAACUGGUAUUGUACCACGUUUUGUUGAAUUUUUAAAUAAUGAAACAAAUUGUACAUUACAAUUUGAAGCAGCAUGGGCAUUGACUAAUAUUGCAAGUGGUACAUCACCACAAACACAUAUGGUUAUUGAAGCUGGUGCUGUACCAACAUUUAUUAAAUUAUUAAGUUCAACAUAUGAAGAUGUACAAGAACAAGCUGUAUGGGCAUUGGGUAAUAUUGCUGGUGAUAGUCCAGAAUGUCGUGAUCAUAUAUUAAAUAGUGGUAUAUUAACACCAUUAUUAAUAUUAUUAACAAAAACAACAAGAAUUUCAAUGCUACGUAAUGCUGUAUGGACAUUGUCAAAUUUAUGCCGUGGUAAAAAUCCACCACCAGAAUUUCCAAGUGUUGCACCAUGUUUACCAGUACUUGCACAUUUAUUAGUACAUACUGAUGUUGAUGUAUUGGCUGAUUCAUGUUGGGCAUUAUCAUAUUUAAGUGAUGGUCCAAAUGAAAAAAUACAAGCUGUUAUUGAUGCUGGUGUUUGUCGACGUCUUGUUGAAUUAUUAACACAUGAACAUAAUAAUGUUGUUAGUGCUGCAUUAAGAGCUGUUGGUAAUAUUGUUACUGGUGAUGAUGUACAAACACAAGUUGUAUUAAAUUGUUCUGCAUUACCAUGUUUAUUACAUUUAUUGGGUUCAUCACGUGAAACAAUUAGAAAAGAAGCAUGUUGGACUGUAUCAAAUAUAACUGCUGGUAAUCCACUACAAAUACAAGCUGUUAUUGAUGCAUCAAUAUUUCCAGUAUUAAUUGAUAUACUUGGAAAAGCUGAAUUUAAAACAAGAAAAGAAGCAGCAUGGGCAAUAACAAAUGCAACAAGUGGUGGUAAACCAGAACAAAUACGUUAUCUUGUUCAUAAUAGUUGUAUUCAACCACUUUGUGAUUUACUAACUGUUAUGGAUAUGAAAAUUGUACAAGUUGCAUUAAAUGGAUUGGAAAAUAUUCUUCGACUUGGUGAACAAGAUGCUGCUCUUCAUAAUGGAAUUAAUCCUUAUGCUGUUGUUGUUGAAGAGUGUUAUGGUCUAGAUAAAAUUGAAUUUCUACAGUCACAUCAAAAUAUGGAAAUUUAUCAAAAAGCGUUUGAUAUUAUUGAACGUUAUUUUGGAUCUGAUGAAGAAGAUACUAGACUUGCACCAACUGUCGAUUCAGAAGGACAACAAUUUCAAUUUAAUACUCCUGAUCAACCACAGUUACCCGUUCAAAACUUCCAAUUCUAAUAACAACGUGAUAUUAUUUUGUUUUUAAAACAAUAAUAAUAAUAUUAAUCUUACUUCCCAAUAUUCAAACUAAGCAAUUUGAUUUAAGAAAAUAUAUAACAAAAUGAUUUAAAAAAAAAAAAAUGGUUACAAUUGCGUUAAAGGGAACAUUCAAGUACUAGGUGAUGUUUAACAACUUUUCUUUUUUUCUUUUUCUUUUUUUUUUUGGAGAAAAACAAAAAAAAAAAAAUACAUGUCGCAUGUUACUUUGACCUCAACACUAAAGCAAGUCGCUAAUUUCUUUUUUUUUUUUUAUAGCUUAUGUGUCAAUAAAAUAUAUUUCGAAGCAAUCAUUGUAUAAAUUGUACAACGAUCAUUUUUUUUUUUUUUUUUUUAGAUUUAAAAUUUUUAUUUGUUUCUAAUUAACAAAUGUAUAAAAAAAAAAACCAUUAAAAUCAAGCAACAUUGAGUGAUUAUUAAAAUACGUAUUAUACUUACACACUGCUUAAAAGAUGCUUCUAAAUAAUGAGCGUUUUUUAUUUUUAUUUUUUUUUUUUAUAUAUAUAAAUCGACAUUGACUGAUUGACAAAAUAAAUGUGAUGAAAACAAGAGACUAACGUUAUCGUAUGACAAAAUAAGAAAAAAAAAAAAACUAUUGACAAAUUAAUUAAAUACGAC